AUGCCUAAAAUGGAGAUGAGAGCUACUGAAGACAUAGCCAUAGGCUGCGACUUAACCCCACCCGUCUACCCUCUCGCCUUCGUCUUGCAAGAUUCCGACCUCGCCUCACGUUGCUCCGCCUGCUUCUCGCCUCUGCCGCCGCGCCCCUUUCACUCCGCCUCUCAUCUAGAUCAUCGAUUUAUUCCCGAUGACGUCAUCCACACUCCACUUUACUGCUCCCUUCACUGCUCUUCCCUCGAAUCCUCCAUCAACUUUUCCUACGCCGAGCUUCACCUGCUUCAUAAUUUCCGGCAGUCGUCGCCGUCGGCGUGGGAGGACUCCUCCGACCUCCGCCUCUCUAUCCGUCUUCUUCGCUUCUUCGAAAGGCUUCGAUUUAGGGUUUUGUCAAAUUCGCCAGAUUCCGUGAACAAUUCCUGUCGAAACGACAGCGUUUUGGAGAGAAUUGCCGGUCUAAUGACUAAUCGUGAGGAUUUGAUGAUCGACGAAAGGUGCGAGGAUAGCCUUUUUGAGAGGGUAAAAGAGGGGGCAAAAUUGCUAGCAACGGCUAGGAGAAUGUGCGCAGAAAAUCUCGUCGAUUCGGAGUCGCCGGAGAAGGAGAAGGAGAAUGUGUUAGAGGAGAUGUUGCUGUGUCUGGUGCUGACAAAUGCUGUCGAGGUUCAAGAUCACAGUGGCUGCAGAGUAGGAGUCGCUGUUUAUGGUCCAUCAUUCUCUUGGAUUAACCAUAGUUGUUCUCCGAAUGCUUCUUACAGGUUUUCAUUCGGGCAGGAGCAGCAUAUGCAGCAGCAGCAGCAGCCUUCACGAAUAGCUCCAGCUGCAAAAGAAAGUGGCUCCGGAAACGGAAUCGACCAUAGUUUGGUGAUGGAAACUGAUCUUGCUGUUCCAGAAGGAACUGGCUAUGGUCCUCGAGUUAUUGUUCGUAGCAUCAAACGUGUUCGGAAAGGAGACGAAGUGACGAUUGCAUACACCGAUCUGCUGCAGCCUAAGGAGAUGAGACAAUCAGAAUUAUGGCUGAAGUAUCGGUUUAAUUGCCGGUGUCAACGCUGCAGCGCAAUGCCUAUCACUUAUGUCGAUUAUUGUCUUCAGGUACCAUAUCGAGGUAGUAUUGACGGCCCGGUGUCUUUGAACAUUGAACUCGAAGAUGUGUUGGGAAGUAUUGACGAUACGAUAAGCGACUAUCUAUCAAUUGGCGAUGCAAAAUCAUGCUGCGAGAAACUCGAGAGCUUGCUCAGUUACGAGCCAGAAUCGCCUCUGAAACUGAAGCUGAAUCCUUUUCACUUCCUUUCUCAAAAUGCUUACAUCACAUUGGCUUCUGCUAACAAAGUUGUCGCAAUCGAAAGGGAAAUGGUCCAAGACUCCCUUAAACAUUACAAGACAAGUGCUGCAUAUUCUUUGUUGCUCGCCGGAGUGGUGCAUCAUCUUUUCAUGUCUGAAUCUUCUCUCAUAGCAGCCGUUGCGAAUUUCUUUGGUAAUGCCGGGGAAUCCCUUUCGACCCUUGCUGGAAGCUCCUUGUGGGACUCAAAGCAAAUACAUCAAGAACUCUCGCCUCUUUUAAAAUGCGACAUAUGUUGUCUCUCUUUCGAGCCCAAUUGUGCCAUUUUCGAUCAAGAUAAUCCACAGGAGGAAGUGAAGAUACGGCUGUUUAACUGCAUUGCCGAGAUAUCCCGACAAGUCUGGAGCACCCUUGCUUGUGGGAAUAGUUUCUUGAAAUCAAUUAGAAAUCCUGUUGAUUUUCGCUGGCCUACAUCCCCGGAAGCUGAGGAAUACGACGACUCUAAAUUGAGAGUGCUUAUUAGUGUUCUGGGAUUACACUGUUUAAGGUAUGGCUCAAUCUUGUCCAGCAUCUGUUAUGGUCGCCCUCGAAUCUCCAAAGACCUCUGUGAUGAGAUUGAAGUUGUAGUACCCUUUAAGUAGAGCUGUUCAAAUUCAGCCGAAUUGAUGAAUUUGUUGUUCAUCCCAGUUUUUGUAGGUUAUAAUUUUGUAUGGUUACUAAUGAUUUUUGUCGAAUUUGAUUUUGUGUAAGAAACGAAAAAAAAUAAAAAAUUAAAGAUUAUUAAACAAA